GUUUCUCUGCAAAACAAAAACUUUAAUCUAGAGAAGCAACUUCCCUCCUCUCUGCAACAAAUUAAAUUCUAAAAAAAAAACAGAGCAAUAUAUAUGCAUGCAUAUCUAUAGUAUAAGCUAGUCUCCAUUGAAUACAAAACCCAGAGACAUGCACAAAGACAACGAUUCGGGUUCGGGUUCGAAUCCGGGUCAGGUUUCGAACUACUUGAUUGUUCGACCGCACCGAGGUGGGUACAUAGACUUGUUCCGGUACGGUGUGAGAGAUGACCAAACGAGCAAGGCAAAGUUCUUGGAGAUGCCUGAUAACCGCGAAUGGAGCACGAUAACGAUUGAUGAAGAAGCAGAGGAUCACCGUUGGGUAAUCGUGGUUUCGAUUCUGGUUCGUAAGAUUAUCAGACUUCUCCGAACACCAAUGGAAUUCACAGGUUUCGUCGUUGACUUCUUCCUUAAUCUGUUCUCUGCGAAUGGUGGGUUCUUCGGUUUGCUUCUCCGGUUGAUUCAAGCGAAAGUUGUGAUACCAGAAAGAGGCUCUGUGACGUUUGUUAGUACAAUUGGGCAACUUGAUGGGAGAAUUAGUCUGUAUAAGGAAUGGAAUUUCGUCGAACACUUGGAGGGCAUUGACUCGGUUGAUUCUGGAAGGGUUAAAAUCGAAUUGGGAAGUCGUGGGCUUAUGGAUUUGUGUGUGAUGGCGUCUAAGCUUGCGUAUGAAAAUGCUAAGGUUGUUGAAAACGUCGUUGAUCUUCAUUGGAAGAUGAAUCUGGUGGAGUUCUUGGAUUGUUGGAAUGAUUAUCAGAAGCAGAUGUCUACACAAGUUUUUGUGUUUACGGAUAAGCAGAAAGAUGCAAACUUGAUAGUAAUCAGCUUCAGAGGUACUGAGCCGUUUGAUGCUGAUGAUUGGGGAACAGAUUUCGACUAUUCGUGGUAUGAAGUCCCCAAUGUGGGAAAGCUUCACAUGGGUUUCCUUGAAGCUAUGGGUUUAGGCAACAGAGACGACACUACCACUUUCCAUUACAAUCUCUUUGAACAAACCUCCUCUGAGGAAGAGAAUAGUAAAAAGAAUCUUCUGGAUAUGGUAGAGAGAAGCGCUUAUUAUGCAGUCCGAGUCAUUCUGAAACGUUUGCUUUCGGAACACGAAAACGCUCGGUUUGUAGUCACUGGUCACAGCUUAGGAGGUGCUUUAGCGAUACUGUUUCCCACAUUGUUGGUGUUGAAUGAGGAAACAGAGAUAAUGAAGAGGCUGCUUGGAGUUUACACGUUUGGACAACCAAGAAUCGGGAACAGAGAGGUCGGGUUAUUCAUGAAAGCUCAACUGAAUCAACCUGUGGAUCGAUACUUCCGAGUCGUUUACUGCAACGAUAUCGUCCCGAGAUUGCCCUACGACGACAAAACGUUCCUCUAUAAACAUUUCGGACUCUGUCUUUUCUAUGACAGCUUCUACAACGAAACAAAAGCAGAGGAUGAGCCGGACCCGAACCCUUACGGUCUGCGUUACAAGAUUCUUGGGCAUGUGAUCGCAGUUUGGGAGUUGGUUAGAGGCUUGACGAUGGGGUACACUCAUGGACCAGAUUACAAAGAGGGAUGGUUUAGGAUCUUGUUUAGGCUUAUGGGGCUGGUGAUUCCUGGUCUGUCGGAUCAUUGCAUGACUGAUUACGUGAACUCGGUUAGGCUUGGACCCGAUAAUGAACUUCAGAUGUCCUCUCUUUGAAAAGUGCUCUGUUUUUUUCAACCGGAACUAUAUGUUCUUGGAAUAAAUCUUAAGUGAACCGGAACUAUAUGUUCUUGGAAUAAAUCUUAAGUGAACCGGAACUCGGUUAAGAUGUUGGUUCGUAAAAUAUAAUAAGAACCUAAUUUUGCC